AUGCAUUUAUACAAUACAAGCGACAUGAAUCAGUUAUUCAACACCUCAGAUAUCCAGUUCCCCAAUUCAGAUUUGAGUCGUUCGGUAACACCUGAACAAGCUGCUUGGACAGGUGCGCCUUCGAAUCAAAUUUUACCACCAAGAUAUGGAUUGACGGAAUUAGAAGCAAGGUCGAGUGGAUACCCUGUAUAUCCUUAUCAACAGGAUAAUAAUAAGUCUCAAUUAGGUCAAUUACAGCCACAGAGACCUCAACCUGUUGUACCACCGAUGUCAUUUAGUACUCCUAGCGGUCCUAGCGGUAUUGGAGGUAUUAGUAACGGUCCUGGUGGUCCGGGUGCCAGUCUAAUCGCUGGUGCUAGUGCGGGUGGUCCAGUUGGUGCUAGUACUGGUUCUGGUAUUUGCGAUGCCUUCCAAGAACCUGACGAAUAUGCAAUGAGCCAAGUGUCUGCAUUUUCAUCACCAUAUUCAUCCCAAAGUACCCAACGUUUAACUCAACAGCAACCUCCAGGUCCACAGAACGAUUAUGCACUAGCAACAGCAGCAGCAGCAGCAGUUGCUAACGCCAAUUCAUAUAUGCCUUCAAUUCCUCAGUUGGGUAGCAACAGAAACUUUAACAAUGCUCCAAGUAAAACCGUUUAUUUGGGCAAUACGCCAAUCACUUUGACCGUCAAAGAACUAUUGGAUCACGUGCGCAGCGGUGUUGUAGAAGACGUUAGAAUCUUACCUGACAAGAUGUGUGCAUUUGUAUCGUUUGUUGAUGAAAGUGCAGCUCUAUUGUUCCAUUCAGAUGCAAUUUUGAAAAGAUUACACAUCGACGGAAGAGACAUUAAGAUUGGUUGGGGUAAACCAACACCUAUCGAUCCAGUGGUGGCAACUGCUGUGGCGAACGAUAAUGCCACUAGAAACGUUUACAUUGGCCAAUUAAACACAGGACCCAAGCUAAGUUCGCAAGUAUCACCAGUAGAUGUAACGGAGCCGGUUAUUACGGAGGAUAAAUUACGUCUGGAUUUGCAAGAGUUUGGUGAGAUUGAUUGCAUUAAGAUCGUUGAAGAAAAGGGAAUUGCGUUUGUUCAUUUUGCAUCAAUUCUAAAUGCAAUAAAGGCUGUUGCCAACUUGGCCAAUAUCAAUCCAUAUUAUAGAAAUAAGAAAAUCUUUUACGGUAAGGAUAGAUGUGCCUUUAUUACAAAGACCCAGCAGCAUAAUGCUGCUCAAUUUUUGGGUGUACAACCAGGAAUGGAACGACUGGUCCAAUUCAGUGACAGCGAAUUAAUUUCCAAUGCCCUUUUACAGCAAUCUGCUGCAGCUGCAGCUAUUGCCACUUCUGCCGGUGGUCCCAAUAAUUUGGGUAACCGUACAGUUUAUUUGGGGAAUUUGCCCAAGGACGUUAAAGUGGAGGAAAUUUGUAACGUUGUCAGAGGCGGUCUUUUACAAAACGUUAAGGUAUUGUCAGAUCGUCAUGUUUGUUUUGUUACCUUUAUCGACCCUACAGCCGCCGCUCAAUUCUAUGCGAUGAGUUCUCUACAUGGAAUAACUAUACAAAAGAGGCGUUGUAGAGUCGGUUGGGGUAAACACCCUGGAUCAUUAGAGAAUGCAUUAGCGCUCGCUGUGAGCAACGGUGCCUCUAGAAAUGUUUACGUUGGGAACAUCAAUUUUGACGAAGAUUCUAAGAGGGAAGAUCCAAUUUUUACAGAGUCAAGUCUAAGAUCAAUUUUCCAGCAAUGGGGUGAAGUAGAACAAAUCAAUUAUCUACCGGAAAGAAAUUGUUGUUUUGUUAAUUAUACAAACAUUAGCAAUGCAAUUCUUGCCAUUGACAAGAUAAAAGGGCAUCCAGUUUUUAAAGAUUUGAAAAUCAAUUUCGGUAAGGAUAGAUGCGGUAACGUACCUCAUCAGGUGAGAUAA